CGCCGAUUGAUUCUUCGAUUCUAGGUUUUGGUUUUGCAGGAAUUUGUCAGUGUAUUCUUGGGGGAGAAAGUGGAGAACUUUUUACCUUUAUUUUCGUUGAUUCGGACACUUCUUUGCCGAUUAGGCUUCCCUUUUUGCGUUUGAUUUGUCUCAGAUGGUGAGUUCAGAGGGAUUGAGGGCAUCGCCGGCCGCCGGUGACGGCGAUGAAGCAAUUCGGGAUUACGGAACCGAUGUCGGAGUUGGGGCCCAACGAGGCUGAUAUUCAGAGAAGCAGGGAGUUGGAGAAGAUCGUAAAAGAUUGGGUGAAGCAAGUAGCUCGUCUACACAGGUACUCGGAUGAAAUGGUGGAGGAUGCAAAUGCUGUUAUUUUUACUUUUGGUCCUUAUAGGCUUGGGGUCACUGGCCCUGGUGAUGACAUAGACACUUUGUGUGUUGGGCCAUCCUAUGUGAAUCGAGAGGAGGAUUUCUUCAUCAAAUUGCAUGACAUCCUGGCACAGAUGGAAGAAGUGACGGAACUACAGCCAGUUCGCGAUGCUCGUGUCCCUGUAAUGAAAUUUAAGUAUGAUGGGAUAUCAAUCGACCUUCUUUACGCAAGUAUUUCGCUACUGGUUGUGCCGGAUGAAUUGGACAUCUCCCAAGUAUCUGUUCUAGGUGAUAUCCAUAGCCCUACUGUUCGAAGUCUCAAUGGGUGCAGGGUUGCAGUUCAAAUUCUAAAGCUUGUUCCAAAUGUUGAGGUGACUGGAUUUCUUGGUCGUGUCAACUGGGCGUUACUUGUAGCUCGUGUGUGCCAGCUUUAUCCCAACGCAAUCCCUAGUAUGCUAGUUUCACAGUUUUUCAGAGUUUAUACGCAGUGGCCUUGGCCGAAUCCUGUCAUGUUAUGCCCAAUUGAAAAGGAUGAACUUGGCUUUUCUGUGUGGGAUCCACGUAGAAAUCCUGAUGAUCAUAUGCCUAUCAUAACUCCUGUAUAUCCUUGUAUGAAUUCUAGCUCCAAUGUCUCGAUUAAAACUCUGUGUGUUAUGAUGGAACAGUUCAAAUUUGGCAACAACAUAUGUCAGAAGAUAGAAUUGGACAAGGCUCAGUGGAGUGCUCUAUUUGAGCAUCGUAUGUUCUUCAAAAGCUAUGAAAGUUAUCUGCAGGUCGAUGUACUUGCUGCAGAUGCAGAUGACUUGCGUUCUUGGGAAGGCAGGGUGCAAUCAAGGCUUAGGCAGUUGCCUUUGAUGCAGAUUGAACGGAACUCAAAUGGGAAGUUGGAAUGCCAUCUAUACCCUCACAAGUAUGUCAAUACGUCGAAGCAAUGUGCACAUACGGCUUUUUUCGUGGGUUUGCAGAGGAAACAGGGGGAGAAAGUUCUGGAAGGUCAGUGGUUCAACAUAUGUGGGACCGUUGAUGAAUUUAGGCAUGCCAUAAGUAUGUAUAAGUUCUGGAAACUGGGGAUGGAGAUAUAUGUUUCUCAUGUUCACAGAUGGCAGAUUCCUUCUCAUGUGUUUGCUAAUGCAUAUAAGCUACUUCGACUUACAACUCCGACUCAGCAUGAAGGCGAAAAAGCUUACUCAGAAGAUGCUCAUGUGUGCAAGUGUGGAUCAGCUGAGAAAGACAUUGAAAGGAAGAAAGGCAGCAGACCUCCCAGUCGUAUGCAUUGUACAGUAUCACCUCAUAUUUUUACUGGCAACGCUAGAGCUUGUCUCGUGUAUAAAGAAGAUGAAGAGAGAGUUGAUGAAGAUGAGGAGGAGGAUGAGACGGUGGUGGUGUCGAUUCGGACCGUGGGAUUGGGUGGAUAAGGAUUACGGACAGACGAGUCUUUCAGAUCUGCUGUGAUCAAAUUCAAAGCCCUGCAAGAACCCUACUAUCGGCACCUUCUGCGUCUUUCUUUUUGUAGUGUUUUUUCCUCUUUCGAAAUCGGGUUUUGC